AUGGCUGAAUUCACUUCCCCCGAGAGCUGCAGAAUCCGAAGUCUCAAAAACGGAGGAGGAAGAACGCCCAUCACCAUCCCGGCCUCGCCGUUCAUGAAAAAGCUCGGAUGCGGGACGGGAGUCAGCGUCUACCUGAUGGACAGAGUGGGGGACAAAAACGCAUCACCCUGGGCCAUCAAGAAGCUCAACAGCAAAUGUACCGGCAAACAGGCUAAGCUCUACCAGGAACGUCUGAAGGAGGAAGCUAAGGUCCUCAAAGGAAUCGACCAUCCCAAUAUUGUCGGUUUCCGGGCGUUAGCUACGGCCAAAGACGGCUCCAAGUGUCUAGCCAUGGAGUUCGGAGGAGAACGUUCGCUCUACGACCUCAUCGAGACGCGUCAAGAAGAUGGCCUUCAGGCUUUUCCCGCUGCCGAUAUUGAAAAAGUGGCACUUCAUGUCGCUCGUGGACUGCAGUAUCUCCACAAUGAGAAAAAACUAUUACACGGCGACAUGAAGUCUGCCAACGUGGUCGUCAAGGGAGACUUUGACGCCGUCAAGAUAUGUGAUGUGGGCGUGUCCCUCAAGCUGGAUGAAAACAUGACACUGUCGGACCCGGAUGACGAGUACAUAGGCACGGGUCCGUGGAUGCCCAAGGAGGCCCUGGAGGGGGACGUGAUCACAGAUAAGGCAGACAUCUUUGCCUACGGCUUGACACUCUGGGAGAUGAUGAGCCUGGCUAUGCCACAUAUGGGCCACUUUGAGAAUGGCGAUGAAGACGAGUCAAUGCAAGCAAGCUUCGACGAGGAUGCCUACUUGGCCCGACAGGGCACGCGACCACCUCUGGAUGCCAAGGCCCUGGGCGAGUCCUACAGGAAGAUGCUGGAGCUCUUCUACGUGUGCACAGAGGAGGACCCCAAGAAGAGACCCUCGGCCGCGCAGAUCGUGCAAGCGCUGGAGGGCAGAACGAGCGUGGCCUGCGAGGUUUGA